GUGUGUGUGUGUGUGUGUGUGUUUUUAACAGCAAGGAAGUUUGUGAAUGGGUUUCUUCUUACGUUAAAGCUGAAGAUUCUGCUAUCAACUUUUGCCAAGAUCAAUAAUUUUACUGUCCGGGAGCACAAUUCUCAAAAGACAAUGCUCACUUGGCUUCUUUGAAAAUAUAAAUGUAAUAUGUAACCAGGCUAUUGCCUGAAUAGAGAAGCCCCUAUUAGGAGCUGGACUUUGGUGUUUCAGUCUUCAGAUUCAGCCUGGUCUCUCGUUCCAACAACGGAGCAGUACAUUUAGUGUUCAUCAAUCAAAGCAGGUCAUGGAUACUGAAAUGGUUGGGGACUCCAAAUCUACCAAGCGCCCAACACUUGGAGAUAUUAAUGGAGUUCUUUUUCCAAGUGAUAUGAUCAAUGGCUGGGGUCCUAUCUGGAACUUCAGGGCUCGAUCUGAUGACCUUCUCAUCUGCACUUACCCCAAAGCAGGAACCACCUGGAUACAGGAAAUUGUGGACAUGGUCCAGCAUGGAGGGGAUCUGCAGAAGUGUGCGCGGGCCCCCAUUUAUGAACGAAUACCCUUCAUAGAUAUAUGCCUUCCUGAAUUCAACAUCUCGGGUGUUGAAAAAGCCAAUGCAAGGGCCUCUCCACGCACCCUCAAGUCUCACCUCCCGAUCCAGCUCUUGCCUCCUUCUUUCUGGAAGCAAAAGUCCAAGAUUAUUUAUGUGGCUAGGAAUGUCAAGGACAAUGUUGUCUCUUACUUCCACUUUCACCGGAUGAAUAAGACGGAGACGGAGCCUGGAACCUGGGAAGAGUUUCUGGAGGCUUUCAUAGCUGGGAAAGUUUCCUGCGGUUCAUGGUUUGACCAUGUUCAUGGCUGGUGGGAGGCCAAGGACCGACAUCCGAUUCUCUAUCUCUUUUAUGAAGACAUGAAAGAGAACCCAGGUCGGGAAAUCCAGAAAGUUGCCGACUUCCUAGAUGUACAACUCCCAGAAUCAGUUCUGAAUCAAAUUGCUCAGCACACAAAAUUUGAGUGCAUGAAAGCAAAUCCGAUGACUAAUUACACCACAUUGCCUUCCAGCUUGCUGGAUCAUACUAUAUCCCCCUUCAUGAGAAAAGGCACUGUAGGAAACUGGAAGGAGCACUUCACUGUGGUUCAAAGUGAGCAGCUGGAUGACCUCUGUGCCCAGUUACUGAAAGGCACUGGCCUGACUUUCCGCACAGAGCUGUAGCAUAGUUAUGUGCUUAAGACAAGCUCCUACACAAACCUGGAAUGCUAAUUCUAUUGCAUUUAAGUAAUCGAGAAACUCUAAAAGAAGGAAUCAGCAAAAUUGAAUUUUGUGUGCAUGGAUAUUUUCCAAUUCUAUUUAUUUUGCAUUUUUCUUUACUCCUAUUUUUCCACAUUUCCUAUGGGUCUGCAAUAAUGGAAUGCCUUUCGCUUCUUUCUCCCAUUGAUAUCACUUAUAUGUAUGUCCUUCCAAACAUGUAUUGCUAGGCUGAGCUGGAAAAUGAAGACAGAUUUCACUAUCUCAUAUUAAUUUCUGCCCUCCUGCAACCACCUGAAUUUCCAGUUUUGUUCCAAAAAAACCAACAAAAAACCCCACACAUCAGGGGCUGAACUGGGAGAUGUGUUUUCAGGGUACUUGAACAGGACAUUACUUCCACCUCUUGAAAACCUAGGAAUGACACUUGAGUUGACAUAAUCUAUCUUCCUAGCCUAAUUAUUCUCCCCCAUAAUAACAUGACAUUGAAGUCGAAUUUAGAGCUAUGAACUUUGGAUAUGAAUGGUUCUUCCUGGUGAGCAUUUACGCUAAUUCCCAAAGUUUCAGAUUAAAGAACACACUCACCAGGUGAAGACAGCCACAAAGGUUUAAUUACGAUCUGGCCAGAAAGGAUAUAAGCAUGGCUAGCUCCAAAAUGUGAAAGCAAAAACAUGAGUACAGACAGCACUGAUUUUUUUUCCAAUAUAUUUAUUGGGUUUUUUUAAUUUAAUACAGUAAAGUAAGAUUACAUCGAAAGAGUGAGAACAUUUUGGUUGUGUAGAGAGUAGGAAUAUAAGGAAAAAGAGAAGCUAGGAGAAGGGGGGAAGGGAAGAAAAGGAAAGGAAAAAGAGAGAGAGAAAAAAAAAGGAAGGGGAAGAAUGUAUACAUAGAUACAAGCAUAGAUUAGAAAAAAAAGUACUAUCUGACAACAGUGACUUCUAAGGGAAGAGAUAUAUAUAUAUAUAUACAUAUAUAUACAUAUGCACGCACCUACACAUCUCUAUACGCAUAUAUAUACAUACAUACAUAAACACACAUACGUUAAAGAAAAAGAAGAAAAGUUUUAAAAAAUAGAGAAAUAAUUAGAAGAAAAAAAACUAAACAAAACAAAAAAAACAAACAAAAAUUGUUGACUUCCUUCUUGCUUUGACAGUCCUAUAGUUUAUUUCAGUCCAUGUAUUCUUGUUCCAGUUCUGCUUCCCCACUGUCUUCUUCUAUUCCUUGAGAUUGUGUAUUUUCAACAAAUGAGGUCUACCUUCAUCUGUUUCUUUUUUGGGUAAGCCAUGGUUGGGCAUUAACCAGUAUGUAAGUCGGUCCAUGUUCAUAAUUUCUAGCACUUUGUGUAACCAGUCUUCUUUUUUCAGUGUUUCUGUUUGUCUCCAGUUCCUGGCAUACACUAUUCUAGCUGCAGUAGCCAGGAAGUUAAAUAGUAUCUCCUUGUUUUUGUCUCUUUCUAUAUCUAACAUCCCUAAUAAGAAAUAUUCUGGUUUUCUCUGAAUUUUCAAUUUAAGUAUUUUCUGGAUGCUUUCAUUUAUUUCUCUCCAAUAUUGUUGUGCCUUUGGACAAGACCACCAUGUGUGGAAAAAGGUGCCUAUUUGUUCGCCACAUUUCCAACAUUUGUUGGAGACAUUUUGAGAACAUUUUGAAAUUUUGUAAGGUGUAAUAUACCAUCUAUACUGCAUUUUAAACCAGUUUUCUUUCAUGUCGUAUGAAUAGGUAUAUUUGAGUCUUUGGUUCCAGGUCUUUUCCCACUGUUUGAGUUCUAUUGUGUGGCCAAUAUUCUGGGCCCAUUUAAUCAUACAGUCUUUUAUUUGUUCCUUUUCCGUCGCCCACUCUAAUAAUUGUCUGUAUAUUUUAGAUAUUAGCUUAUUUUCUGUCUCCAUAAUCUUAUCCCAGAAUCCCGUUUUUUCUGCAAAGCCUAUUUCUUUAUCUUUUCUGAAUGCUUCUCUAAUUUGUCUGUGUUGAAACCAUGAACAAUUAGGAAAGUUAGUUUUAAUCUCAUGUUCCUCUUUUAGUUCUAUCUGACCUUUUUGUUUUGUUAGUAAGUCUUCGUAGGUGGGCCAUAAUUGCCAGCCAAGUUCUCUUCUUUGGAGAGCUUCUAGGGGGGAUAUCCACAUCGGGGUAUAUCUAUAAAAUCUUAUCUUAUACCGGUCCCAAAUUUUUAUGAGGCCUGCUCUUACGAAAUGAUUUGAAAAAUUUCUUUCUAUCCUUAUCUUGUUAUACCAAAUAUAGGCGUGCCAGCCUCUCCUUAAAUCGAAGCCUUCCAGGGUCAAUAUUUUCCGGUUUUUUAGUGUUGCCCAAUCUUUUACCCAAAUGAGUCCUGAGGCUUCAUAAUAUAGUCUUAAAUCAGGUAAGCCAAAGCCGCCCCUUUUCUUUUCAUCUAUUAAAUGCAGCCAUUUUAUUCUAGGUUUCUUACCCUGCCAUAUAAAUUUAGAUAGAUCUUUGUUCCAAUUGUUAAAGAUUUUUACAUUUUUGAUAAUUGGUAGGGAUUGAAAUAAAUAUAGCAAUUUUGGCAAUACAUUCAUUUUAAUAGUGGAUAUUCUACCCAAAAGAGAUAGUUUCAAAUGUUUCCAUUUGUCUAAGUCCUUUCUGAUAUCCUUCCAUGUCUGUUCAUAAUUAUUCUUCAUCAGUUGAGAAUUCUUGGCAGUGAUGUCUAGGCCUAGAUAUCUUAUUUUAUCUACCACCUGCAUUUCUGUUUUUUUUUUAUAGUUCUUGUUUUUUCUUUUGUGAGAUGUUUUUUGUAAGUAUUAUCGUUUUCUUUUUAUUUAAUUUCAAGCCUGAAGCCUUCCCAUACAAUUCGAUUUUGUUAAUCCAUUUCACUAUGUUAUCCAAUGGGUUGUUAAUAAUACAUAUAACAUCAUCUGCAAAGGCCCUACAUUUAAAUUCCUCUUUCUUUAUUUUUAAACCUUUCAGAUUCGGGUCUUCUCUGAUUUCGUUGAGCAGGAUUUCUAGCGUCAUAAUAAACAGUAAUGGAGAGAGGAGGCAGCCCUGUCUAGUUCCUUUACUUAUUUCUAUUUUUGAUGUUUCUUGCCCGUUUAUUAUUAUCUUCGCUUCUUGUCUUCCAUAUAUUGCUUCUAUGGCAUUCGAAAAAUGGUAUCCAAUAUCUAUUUCUUUCAGCAGUAAUUUUAAAAAAUCCCAAUUUAAAUUAUCAAAUGCCUUUUCUGCAUCUAAACUCAAUAGGGCUAAUUCAUCUUGAUGGUUUUUUUCGUAAAACUCUAUUACAUUUAAGAUAACUCUCACAUUGUCCUUAAUCUGACGUUUAGGUAAAAAACCUGCUUGCUGUUCCUUAAUCCAUUCAUUCAGAAAAGGUUUUAAUCUCUCCGCCAAAAUAUUCGUAAAAAUUUUGUAAUCCACAUUAAGCAAAGAAAUUGGCCUGUAGUUCUUAACAUCUUUGGGGUCUUGUUUUUCUUUGCUUAUCAUUAUUAUUGAAGCCAUUCUCCAAGAUUCAGGAGGGUUUUGGUCUUUCAAUAUCGCGUUCAUGAUCUUUUGCAAGUAUGGUAUUAUUUCCUCACUCAUUGUUUUAUAGUAUAUAGCUGAAAGGCCAUCUGGACCUGGGGCUUUAUUCGCCUUCAUCCUUCUUAUUGCAUUUCUUAUCUCUUCUACUGUUAUCUCUUUAUUUAAUCUUUCCCGUUGUUGCUCCGUAAUCUUUUGCAAGUUCUGUUUGUUUAGGAGAGACAUUACAUCUUCUAUGUUGAUUUGAUCUUUGGUGUAAAGUUUACUAUAAUAUUUGUGGAAUUGUUUGAGUAUAUCCUGAUUAUUUGUAUAAUUUUUGCCAUCUGUGUGAAUUUCAGUUAUAAUUCGUGCUUGCCUGGUUUUUUGAAUUUUCCUAGAUAACCAUCGUCCAGGUUUGUUGGCAUGUUGGAAAUUUUGUUGUUUUAUAUAUUUUAAUUGUUUUGCCAUUUGUUCUGUUUCUAAGUAGUCUCUUUGAACUAACCAAUAAUUUAAAUCUUGUUUUGAUUUUUUGUCUGUAGGAUUGGCUUUUAAUUUAGCUUCUAUUUGUGUUAUUUGUUGAUUUAUUUUUUCCAUUUUUUCUCUUCUUGACUUGUUCUUCUGUGCAUUGUGUUGAAUGAAAUAUCCUCGUAUGACCGCUUUACUGGCGUCCCAUACUGUCUGAAUUGAUACACAGACAGCACUGAUUUUAAGCAGUUCAGUUUCCAUUCAAGCUUCCUGCCCCCCCCUCCCCCCCAAAAAAAAUGGCUGAGAGAACAGGCUGGCUGUUGUUGGCUUCUGACAGCCUAAUCAGCUGUGGGAGAUGCCUUCUGGGCAGGGACACUCCAGGAUUUCCUUGUGACCAUAUUUGGAGGGGUCAGGUGGCUUCUGAUCAGCAUCAUAGUCCACCUUUGGGUUAUAAAGGUGCGGUUGUGAUAGUCAAGUGUCAGAGAUUUCUGAAACAAAGGACCCAGACUUGGAUGUAUACUGUGAGUUUUGUUUCAAGCAUUUUGAAACAAAAGGCGAUGAUCUCUUGUAAUCAAGCUUUGGAUGUCAAAUAAAGGAAUUCAAAUGAAA